CCGCCGAACAACCCAAAAUCCAACUUGGCGACGUCGACGGCAAAUAACGACGAGCUUCAGCUUAUCCGUGCACCACCUGAAGCAAAUCCGCUCCUGUCCAUUGAAUCCUUUCACGCAGCGAGAUAUCUCUUCCCACCAUGUCCUACGAAGAACGCGCCAACGCGCGCGCCAACCUGGGCGACGAGUCUGAUGUCGAGGAGGAGGCGCUCGUUAACGACUACCGGGAGCAGGUGCACUUUGACGAUGGCUUGAGCGAGUUGGAUCGGACAACAUCUCUGGAUGGUGCAUCUCAAACUCAGGAUCUGCAGGCACAACUGGCGGCCGCGGCCACUCCGCUGGAAUACCAAGCCACUCUAGAGACCAAGUUCGCUAGCUACGACAACUACUGCAGUCUCUUCCACUACAUUCUCAACUCUGACGGCCCCGUUGAUUUGGAGGUUCCUUCUUACUACUGGGCGUGGGAUGUCAUUGAUGAGUUCAUCUACCAAUUUGAGUCGUUCUGCAGAUACCGCAACCGCGUCGCCCGAAGCGGUUCCAACGAGGAGGAGGCACAGCUGCUGCGCGAGAACCCGAACACGUGGGGCUGCUACUCGGUCCUUAACGUCCUGUACUCCCUCAUCCAGCGAUCUCAGAUAAACGAGCAGUUGGCUGCUAUCAAGCGAAAUGAGGACCCCCUGGCAGUUGCCGGAGAGUACGGCUCUCGCCCGCUGUACAAGAUGCUGGGUUACUUCUCGAUCAUCGGACUUCUGCGAGUCCACUGUCUGCUGGGAGACUUCAGUCUCGCUCUGAAGACUCUCGACGACAUUGAGAUGAACAAGAAGGCCAUGUUUGCUCGCGUCAUGGCUGCCCACUUCACCACCUACUACUAUGUCGGUUUCUCCUACAUGAUGAUGCGCCGCUACGCCGACGCUAUCCGCAUGUUCAGCCACAUCCUGGUCUACGUCUCGCGCACGAAGAACUUCCAGAAGGGCGGCAACAACUACGAUGCGAUCGCCAAGAAGAACGACCAGAUGUACGCUCUGAUUGCCAUCUGUGUUGCCUUCCACCCCACUCGCCUGGAUGACACCAUCCACUCUGCCCUGCGCGAGAAGUACGGCGAGCAGUUCCACCGUCUCCAGCGUGGUGGCCCCGAGGCUCUGCCUCUCUUCGAGGAGCUCUUCCGAUCUGCUUGCCCCAAGUUCAUCUCCCCGACUCCUCCCGACUUCGACAACCCCUCCGUUAACAUCGACCCUGUCGACCACCAAACCGCUAUCUUCAUGGACGAGGUGAAGAACACUCUCUUCAACCCGACCGUCAAGUCCUAUCUCAAGCUCUACACCACCAUGGACUUGAAGAAGCUGGCUGGAUUCCUCGAGGUCGAGCCCGACAAGCUCCGUUCGUGGUUGCUCGUGAACAAGCAGCGCAGCCGACAGGUGCGCUGGGUCGAGGGUGGCUUGCUUGAGGGUGAGCCCACCACCGCCAGCGACCUCGACUACGCCAUUGAGGGUGACCUCAUCCACAUCAGCGAGGCUAAGGCCGGACGAAGACUCGUCGACUGGUACCUGAGAAACCUUGCACGGACCUACUAGACGGUCUAUCCUAGAGUACCACAUCAGUGCGAAGACCGUCUGGGAAGCUCCAAUUGUCUUCAUGGGCGGUAAUACCGCAACGAGAGGUGGAAACACGUUGACGACUUCUUACUAUCUACGAAACAUCAGUCCUGGUUA